UGCCUGCAGUUGCGGGCUAUGGCCACAGGGCGGCAGCCGCGUGACUCGGGCUGGGCCGCUCUGGGCCGCGCUCCUCGUUCACCCUCGGACUCCGCUCCGACUGCUAGUGGCAGCUCUGCCCGCGCCGAGAGCCGACCUGCACGGCUCCUAAGCGGCGGACCCACCACCUCGGCUCCUUCGAGCCGGACCGAGGCCGCAAGCAGCACCGCGGGGUGUGGGGCGGACCCAGGAUAUGAAAUGACAACGUCAACCCUCCAGAAAGCCAUCGAUCUGGUGACAAAAGCCACAGAAGAGGAUAAAGCCAAGAACUACGAGGAGGCACUCCGUCUCUAUCAGCAUGCUGUGGAGUAUUUCCUCCACGCCAUCAAAUAUGAAGCACACAGUGACAAGGCUAAGGAGAGCAUCCGAGCCAAGUGCAUGCAGUACCUAGACAGAGCGGAGAAGCUGAAGGAUUACUUACGGAACAAAGAGAAGCAUGGCAAGAAGCCAGUCAGAGAGAACCAGAGUGAAGGCAAGGGUAGUGACAGUGACAGCGAAGGGGAUAAUCCAGAGAAAAAGAAGUUACAAGAACAAUUGAUGGGUGCUGUUGUGAUGGAGAAGCCGAACAUACGGUGGAAUGAUGUAGCUGGACUGGAGGGGGCUAAAGAGGCUCUCAAAGAAGCUGUGAUUUUGCCAAUUAAAUUCCCACACUUAUUCACAGGCAAACGCACUCCUUGGCGAGGUAUACUCCUCUUUGGGCCCCCAGGCACAGGCAAGUCCUACCUGGCCAAAGCCGUGGCAACAGAAGCCAACAACUCCACCUUCUUCUCUGUGUCCUCCUCGGAUCUGAUGUCUAAGUGGUUGGGGGAAAGCGAGAAGCUAGUCAAGAACCUGUUUGAGCUGGCCAGGCAGCAUAAACCUUCCAUCAUCUUCAUUGAUGAGGUGGAUUCCCUCUGUGGGUCACGGAAUGAAAAUGAGAGUGAAGCUGCCCGUAGGAUCAAAACAGAGUUCUUGGUCCAGAUGCAAGGAGUGGGGAAUAAUAAUGAUGGGACUCUUGUUCUUGGUGCCACAAACAUCCCCUGGGUGUUGGAUUCAGCCAUCAGGAGGAGGUUUGAAAAGCGAAUUUAUAUCCCAUUGCCAGAGGAAGCGGCCCGAGCCCAGAUGUUUCGGUUACAUCUGGGAAGCACACCUCACAACCUCACAGAUGCUAACAUUCACGAGCUGGCCCGCAAGACAGAAGGCUACUCAGGAGCAGAUAUCAGCAUCAUUGUGCGGGACUCCCUCAUGCAGCCAGUCAGAAAAGUACAGUCAGCAACACACUUCAAGAAGGUGUGUGGCCCUUCUCGAACCAACCCUAGCGUUAUGAUUGAUGAUCUUCUGACCCCAUGUUCUCCGGGAGAUCCAGGGGCCAUAGAGAUGACUUGGAUGGAUGUCCCUGGUGAUAAACUCUUAGAGCCUGUGGUUUGCAUGUCGGACAUGCUCCGGUCUUUGGCCACUACCCGGCCCACAGUGAAUGCAGACGACCUCCUGAAAGUAAAGAAAUUCUCUGAGGACUUUGGACAGGAGAGUUAAAGCUUCAUGUGAUAAUGAAAUUGAGAGUCUGACUGGAGAAAAUUCAUGGGACUUCCUACACCAGUGGUCAGGCAGGACCUGAAGUCGUGAAGACAAUAGUAUUUCCUCUACUGCCUGGCUGUCAACCUAGUAGGAUGAAGAAGGGGCCUCCGCAGCUGCAGAGAUGCUUCACCAUGUAGGACACUUGACACUGGCUCUGCAUACUUCACUACUGGAUGCUCACACUCCUUGCCCUGAUCUGUUUUGUCUAACUUUUGUUCCCCUAAAUUAAUGCCGCUUUGAUUUCUGUCUUGUUUAUAAAGAGAAAAGUCAUCUGGAAAUGUUAAGGAGUGGGAGCUGCUAGGCCCCUGCUCUCACUCCUUUCCUCUUAACUUUGGCUACUUGUGAGCUGACUGUGGUAAAGUAGGAAAAGCCAUCCCACCCUCCUAAGCUUGCAUCUGGAGCUUCAGGUCCUCCUUGCAGGAGCUGACAGCUUCUGUGAACACGAUGCUGUUUCCAUCAGGAGAGACGGCAGACAGGCAGGUCUUUAUCGCUGCCUUCACCUGAGAACUGAGCCCAGCCUCUGCUGGUCCUGUCCUGGAGAUGUCUAAUAAACCCUUUUCCCUUAUUGA